ACAUCAGUGUUUGGGUUUUUCAGACAGUUCUAUGACAACCCCAUCCAGCUUGUCGGAAGAUCUGCUUUUCAACAUUUGCCUGAACUGAGAACGCUGACUUUGAAUGGUGCCUCACAAAUCACUGAGUUUCCUGAUUUAACUGGAACUGGGAGCCUGGAGGGUCUGACUUUAACUGGAGCACAGAUCUCGUCUCUUCCUCGAACCAUGUGCGCCCAAUUCCCUAACCUGCGAGCGCUAGAUCUAUCUUACAACCUGCUGGAAGAUUUGCCCAGUUUCUCAGGCUGCCAAAAGCUUCAGAAAAUAGACCUGCGACGCAACGGGCUCUGUGAGAUCAGAGUGGACACUUUCCAGCAGCUGCCUGCCCUCCGGUCGCUGUGAGUACCACCCGCCAGCACCUCCCACAGCACUGUCUCCCUCUUGCAUCUCUCAUCUUUUCUCUUCACUCUAUACGUGUAUUGUUGGGCCUUUGUGCGUAUGUUUGCUAUAAAAGGCAAAUAAUUUGCUUGUGAUAA